GUUCAGUUGAUACUAUUCGUUAAUAUUUCCGUUCGUUGCCCUACCAGUCCGACGUCCGGUCACAGUUCCAUAUUAUUAAACGUUUUAUUUGUUACCGAAAACUUCUGUUGACUCUAAUUGCAACCGCAUUUCUUUGAAAAUUCCAAAAAGAACUUAAAAUGACUUCCACAAAUUUCAACGUUGGCAUCGGUGAUAUCAGAAGGAACACCAGCAAAGUCUUGAAACCACCAGGUGGUGGAAGUAGUGACAUAUUUGGAGUGACAUCAUGUGAUGAAGUUAAUCCACAUAAACGUGGUACAAAUCAGAAGAAUCUCCAAAGCUCUAUUAUUUUGGGUGGUCAAACACCAAAACAUAGUGAUGGUACAGUUGCAGCCAACGGAAACUCUGAUAAACCUGAUGGUAAUCCAGUAACUGGAGAAGGUUAUGAAGCUCCUAAGGUAACAGCUACACCAGCUCAGCAUGUUUCUGCUCAAUCAGAACCAGCUCCAGAACAAAAGAAGGCAAGCCGUGUGCCACCAGGUGGAUACAGUUCUGGGUUAUGGUAAUUGCUGAACCAGGAAGACCAACAAAAUUUUGUCACAAUUUAUACAUCGCUUUGUAUUUCUAUGAUAUAUUGAUGACCUUUGAUCACAUUUCAUCAAUAAAAAACUUAUUUAUGGUAUAUAAGAAAAUGACUUUCAGUGUAUAAUAUUACAAUUGUCAUUAUUUUAAAACUACCCUGCAUUUUAUUCAUUCUCAAAUUAUUUGAUUAUUUUUUUGUAAUGUUGUGAAUUGAUUUAUUCCUAAAAAAAAAAAUUCUUUUUUAUACACAAUAAAAUACUAUAUUUAUUAAUGAUUUUAGUAUGAGAUAUUAGUUGAUUAAAACUAACAUAACCUAAGUGUCUUAAAUAAAUAAAUAAUUUAUUUCUCAUAACAAUUGUAUAUUUAUUUAUAAAAAUUAAUUUAAACAAAACAUUACUAUAGUAAAAUAGAACCAAAUUAAAAUAUUACUAUAAUGAACAAAUUAUUACUACCAAUAUUAAGUCAAAUAAUUUUUAUAAAAAUAAAAUAAACAACAAAAUGUACAAAAAAGGAACUUAAUUUAUUUCUACCAUAAAUGUAGAAGAAAAACACACUGUCUCGAUUAGUCUGUAAUAAAUACAUUGUUAAAUAUUAUCACAUGAAAAAUAUUAUGAAAUAUUUGAUUUAUAAAAUGAUGAAUCACUUUCAAUAUAUUAUUAAUUAUAAUAUGCAA